GUGAGAAUGUACCGAGUCGGAACAUAAAUAGAGGAGGCUCAGUCUCCGGCUCAGAGUCCGUCUGAGGAGCCCAGAGAGUGGUACCCACAGCCCCACUGCCACACUGCCACAGCCCCACUGCCACACUGCCACACAGCCACACAGCCACACUGCCACACUGCCACAGCCCAGGAACCCCACCAUGGCUCUGCAAUUGCCCCUCGUCUUCCUCCUCGUUGCCUCCUUCUGGGCAGUGACUCAGGUGACCGGCGCCAACAUAAACCCAGUGGACUGUUGCCUGAGAACCAACAACAAGCAGAUAAGGUGGCAAAAUAUAAGAAGCUACUUCCGACAAGAUGAGUCCAGUGGGUGCAAAAUCGAGGCUGUUGUGUUAAUCACUCGGAGAAACAAACACCUCUGCACUCCUCCCCAUGAGGCCUGGGUACAGGCUAUUACUGACAGAUUAGACCAAAAAAAGCUCAAACACCGUAACUGACCCUGCUGGUAAGGACUGAGGGACAGACGGCCUGACAGAGGGUGGGGGAGCCAGCGGGGAAUCUCGGGGUUCUACCCAGCAGUCUGCAGGCAGUUCCAGCCGAUCCCUCCUGGUCGGACAUGGAGCCAAUACCAUAUGUUAAACAGCAAGCGACACAUAUCUGAUAUAUGAAAUAGAUUUGUUUCUGCUGAUUUUCUACUUUGCGCUAAUUGUUUCCUCACUCUAAUUCUAUGAAAUGACAAUGAUAUCGAGAUGGAAACCUUUAAAGGGAAAUGUAAAACAUGGGAACCAAAGUGGGGAGAGUCCAGUUUCCCGCCCCAUGAUGAUAUAACUGUGUAUCUAUAAUAUAUAUAUAUAUAUGUGAUAUAAAUCUGUACCUGGCAGGCUGGUAACAUGGUAAUAUUGGGAACUGGGGUCUGAAGAGCCUGGAAUGGGGGAUAGAGAUCGGGGGCCAUUGGCCUGUGGCCCCCAGCGGCCAGUAGCGGGGAUAGGGUUAGUAGCCUUCUGCCAUUCAGACUGGAACACUGUGGGGCCACUCAGCUUCACUGGGGGUCCCUUGCCCCAGAUACUGUAUGUUUGGGAUGCCCAGCUUGUGGCCCUCCCCCUGUGGGCGGAGCUAAAUUCACAUAAACGUUGGAAAAUCUUCAUUAUGACAUCA